AUGUACAAGAACGAAGUGAUGCAUUGCAAGAGAACAAAUGCACCCGGGAAGUGCACAGUAAAUGGCAGGACACUCAGGAGCUUUGAUGUAGGUCCAGUGCCCGUCCGUCUGGUGAAUGGGAACAACAUGUGCUCCGGGAGAGUGGAGGUCUAUCAUAACUCCACCUGGAGCACCGUCUGCGGCACAAGCUGGGAUAUCAAUGCGGGGAACGUGGUCUGCAGGGUGUUGAACUGUGGGCCGGCUUGGUUAGUAUCAGCAGCUUCCCCCUAUGGUGAGGCCACUGGGAACAUCUGGCUGGAUGGGGUGACGUGUAACGGGACAGAGCCUGCCCUCGACCAGUGUCCUGCCAACCCAUGGAGGGUGAAUAACUGCACACACGGAAAGUACGCUGAAGUUUCCUGCUCAGUAACAGCAGCUGUCUCUAACGGAGAGGCCACUGGGAACAUCUGGCUGAAUGAAGUGACGUGUAACGGGACAGAGCCUGCCCUCGACCAGUGUCCUGCCAGCCCAUGGAGGGUGAAUAACUGCACACACGGAGAGUACGCUGAAGUCUCCUGCUCAGGUCCGGUGCCCGUUCGUCUGGUGAAUGGGAACAACAUGUGCUCCGGGAGAGUGGAGGUCUAUCAUAAAUCCACCUGGAGCACCGUCUGCGACAAGAGCUGGGAUAUCAAAGCGGGGAACGUGGUCUGCAGGGUGUUGAACUGUGGGACAGCCCGGUUAGUAACAAGAGCUGCCUCCUAUGGAGAGGCCACUGGGAACAUCUGGCUGGAUGGGGUGAGUUGUAAAGGGACAGAGCCUGCCCUCGACCAGUGUCCUGCCAGCCCAUGGAGUGUGAAUAACUGCACACACGGAGAGUACGCUGAAGUCUCCUGCUCAGGUCCGGUGCCCGUCCGCCUGGUGAAUGGGAACAACAUGUGCUCCGGGAGAGUGGAGGUCUAUCAUAACUCCACCUGGGUCACCGUCUGUGGCACGAGCUGGGAUAUCAAUGCGGGGAAUGUGGUCUGCAGGGUGUUGAACUGUGGGACGGCCCGGUUAGUAACAACAGCUGCCUCCUAUGGAGAGGCCACUGGGAACAUCUGGCUGGACGGGGUGAAGUGUAACGGGACAGAGCCUGCCCUCGACCAGUGUCCUGCCAGACCAUGGAGGGUGAAUAAUUGCACACACGGAGAGCAUGCUGAAGUCUCCUGCUCAGGUCCGGUGCCCGUCCGUCUGGUAAAUGGGAACAACAUGUGCUCCGGGAGAGUGGAGGUCUAUCAUAGCUCCACCUGGGGCACCGUAUGCGGCAGGAGCUGGGAUAUCAAUGCGGGGAAUGUGGUCUGCAGUGUGUUGAACUGUGGGACGGCCUGGUCAGUACCAACUGGUGCAUACUACGGAGAGACUACUGGGAAUAUCUGGCUGGAUGGGGUGAAGUGUAACGGGACAGAGCCUGCCCUCGACCAGUGUUAUGCCAGGUCAUGGGGUGUGAAUAACUGCACACACGGAGAGUACGCUGGAGUCUCCUGCUCAGGUCCGGUGCCCGUCCGUCUGGUGAAUGGGAAUAACAUGUGCUCCGGGAGAGUGGAGGUCUAUCAUAACUCCACCUGGAGCAUUGUCUGCGGCACGAGCUGGGAUAUCAAUGCAGGGAACGUGGUCUGCAGGGUGUUGAACUGUGGGACUGCCCGGUUAGUAACAACUGCUGUUUCUAACGGAGAGGCCACUGGGAACAUCUGGCUGGAUGGGGUGAGUUGUAACGGGACAGAGCCUGCCCUCGACCAGUGUCCUGCCAGACGAUGGCAGAUGAAUAACUGCACACACGGAGAGUACGCUGAAGUCUCCUGCUCAGGUCCGGUGCCCGUCCGUCUGGUGAAUGGGAACAACAUGUGCUCCGGGAGAGUGGAGGUCUAUCAUAACUCCACCUGGGGCACCGUCUGCGGCAGGCGCUGGGAUAUUAAUGCGGGGAACGUGGUCUGCAGGGUGUUGAACUGUGGGACGGCCCGGGCAGUAACAACUGGUGCAUUCUACGGAGAGGCCACUGGGAACAUCUGGCUGGAUGGGGUGAAGUGUAACGGGACAGAGUCUGCCCUCGACCAGUGUUAUGCCAGCCCAUGGGGUGUGAUUAACUGCACACACAGACAGUACGCUGGAGUCUCCUGCUCAGGUCCGGUGCCCGUCCGUCUGGUGAAUGGGAACAACAUGUGCUCCGGGAGAGUGGAGGUCUAUCAUAACUCCACCUGGGUCACCGUCUGUGGCACGAGCUGGGAUAUCAAUGCGGGGAACGUGGUCUGCAGGGUGUUGAACUGUGGGACGGCCCGGUUAGUAACAACUGCUGUCUCUAACGGAGAGGCCACUGGGAACAUCUGGCUGGAUGGGGUGAAUUGUAACGGGACAGAGCCUGCCCUCGACCAGUGUCCUGCCAAACGAUGGCAGGUGAAUAACUGCACACACGGAGAGUACGCUGAAGUCUCCUGCUCAGGUCCGGUGCCCGUCCGUCUGGUGAAUGGGAACAACAUGUGCUCCGGGAGAGUGGAGGUCUAUCAUAACUCCACCUGGGGCACUGUCUGCGGCAGGAGCUGGGAUAUCAAUGCGGGGAACGUGGUCUGCAGGGUGUUGAACUGUGGGACGGCCCGGUCGGUAACAACAGCUGUCUCCUACGGAGAGGCCACUGGGAACAUCUGGCUGGAUGGGGUGACGUGUAACGGGACAGAGCCUGCCCUCGACCAGUGUCCUGCCAGCCCACGGGUGGUGAAUAACUGCACACAUGGAGAGUACGCUGGAGUCUCCUGCUCAGGUGAGUGUGGAUAG